CAAAGUUAAGACUCUCGUCUUCCUGUUAUGUUUCGUAUUUCCAAGACCUGUCUUUGCAACAUGACAACAAAAGCAAAGUAAUUAUUUAGUAUUGCCGGUUUGAGAGAAGCGCUUCUAAAGAUGAAGUUGGUUAGAUUUCUUAUGAAACUAAGUCACGAAACGGUGACAAUCGAAUUAAAAAAUGGAACUCAAAUUCAUGGUACAAUUACAGGAGUAGAUGUAGCGAUGAACACUCAUUUAAAGUCUGUUAAAAUGACUAUUAAAAACAGGGACCCAGUUCAAUUGGAAUCCUUAAGUAUUCGCGGUAACAAUAUACGAUACUUCAUACUGCCAGACAGCUUACCUUUAGAAACACUGCUCAUUGAUGAUACACCUAAAUCAAAAACAAAGAAAAAAGACAGCAGUCGUGGAGGUAACCGCGGCAGAGGACGUGGAGCACGCGGCCGUGGCGGACCUCGAGGUCGUGGUCGUGGACGGGCAGUUGGUAGACGUUAAGAUUUUAAAAUACUGAAAUUAAAUAAAACUUGAAGGAUAAAACAUGGAAA